AUGGGUCAGACUGCAUCUCAGCCCGCACAGGACCGGUCCCUGAGGGUCAUUGGGGCCGGACUGUCACGCACGGGAACGACAUCCUUCGGUGCCGCUUGCUCAUACCUCCUCGACGGUCCGUGCUACCAUGGAGGUACCCAGAUGCUCAACUCCCCAGAGUCCCACAUCAAACGAUGGAUCGAAAUCAUCAGGCGCACCCCCGUUAAAACUCAAGAAGAUCGAAAGGCCCUGAACGACGGGGUAAAGGAAAUGCUCGAUGGUUAUGUUGCGUGUACCGACCUGCCCUCGAAUGCCUUCGUUGAGGAGUUGAUGGCUAUAUACCCUGACGCCAAGGUCAUCUGCACCGUUCGAGACCCCGAGAAGUGGUGGAACAGUUUGGCGCCGAUCGUCGAGAAAGGAAACCUCACAGUCCUGUCGUGGAUUCUAGCACCGCUGCCAACCCUGCGAAUGUUCCGUGCCUACCACGACGCUUUGGAUGAAGGCCGGGUGGGAGAGCUAUACUUCCGUGAAAAUGAACCACAAAGACCAACGCGAGCCAUGUGGGAUCGUCAUAUCGAACACCUCAAAAAAGUCGUCCCCAAGGACAGGUUGUUCUUCUAUGAUGUGCGUGACGGGUGGGAACCGUUGUGCGCCAUUCUCGGAGUUCCUGUUCCAAAGGACGUCCCUUUCCCCAAAUUGAAUGACGCCCAGGCCAUGGAAUCUUUCAUGCAAGCCAGUAUGAGGAGAGGUUUGAUGGCGUGGGCAGGCAUUUUCUUGACUGCUGGCGCUGUAGGCUUCUCGGCAGCCCGAUAUGCCAAGUUGUUCUGA